AUGCUAUACAUUAGAGGGAAUAGAAGAGACUACGAUAAUUGGGCUCAACAGGGUAUUUAUGGUUGGAGUUGGAAGGAAGUACUUCCAUACUUUAUACGAUCCGAAGAUAAUCGCGAUCCAGAAAUUGCUUAUAAUGGUUAUCAUGGACGAGAUGGUCCACUUACAGUUUCUACUCCACCGUUCGUUACAGAUUUAACUUUUGCAUUUCUUGAAGCUGGAAAUCGUUUUGGUUAUCGUAAUAUAGAUCUUAAUGGUCCUAUACAAACAGGUUUUGCCAUUCCUCAAGGGACAAUACGUAGAGGAGCGCGAUGUAGCACUGCCAAAGCAUUUCUCGAAUUAACUAGAGGAAGAAAUAAUUUACAUAUUUUAAUACAUGCAUACGUUACUAAAAUAGGAUUUCAUAGAGGAAGAGCACACAGUGUACACUUUGAUUGGAAUCGUAAACAUAACAUAGUAUAUGCCAAAAAGGAGAUAAUUGUUUCAGCAGGUGCCGUUAAUACUCCGCAAUUGCUCAUGCUAUCUGGUAUAGGGCCUAAAGACGAAUUGGAAGCAUUGAAAAUUCCAGUAAUAGCGAAUUUACCAGUUGGCUAUAAUUUACAAGAUCAUGUCGGUGCUGCGGGUCUUCACUUUAAAAUAAAUGCACCAAUUUCUCUUUUGGAACCACGACUUAUGUCUAUUAAAAAUAUUGUUAAAUAUUUUCUUUUUGGUUCUGGACCGUUAACAAAUUUGGGAGGAGUUGAUGGUUUGGGAUUUAUCAAUACACGUUAUGGUAACGUUACUGACGAUUGGCCUGAUGUACAAGUCCUUUUUGUCUCUAGCAGUCCAGUUGCAGACGGAGGCGAAACAGUUCGGAAAAUUAUGGGGAUAAGCAAUAGAAUGUGGUGGCAAGUUUAUUACCCAUAUAUUUAUGACGAUACGUUUACUCUAUACCCUCUUUUACUGAGACCCAAGAGCAGAGGGAGAGUAAAAUUAAAAUCUUCAAAUCCCUACGAUCGUCCAUUGAUCGAUCCAAGAUAUUUAACUGAUAUAGAUGAUGUUCAUACUUUAGUAGAAGGCUUCCAACAUAAUAGUCAUUUAACUUGUUUUUUUUCUUACAAUAACACUGCGGUUGCCUACAUCAUUUGUAUAAGUUAUUCAUCAUCAAGACGUAUGGAAAAUACUAUAAAGUCAGUACGUUGCCCUUGGCCUCGUGGAAAAGUGUUGGGUGGUUCGAGUGUGCUUAAUUAUAUGCUAUACAUUAGAGGGAAUAGAAGAGACUACGAUAAUUGGGCUCAACAGGGUAUUUAUGGUUGGAGUUGGAAGGAAGUACUUCCAUACUUUAUACGAUCCGAAGAUAAUCGCGAUCCAGAAAAUAUAUCAUUAGGUUAUCAUGGACGAGAUGGUCCACUUACAGUUUCUACUCCACCGUUCGUUACAGAUUUAACUUUUGCAUUUCUUGAAGCUGGAAAUCGUUUUGGUUAUCGUAAUAUAGAUCUUAAUGGUCCUAUACAAACAGGUUUUGCCAUUCCUCAAGGGACAAUACGUAGAGGAGCGCGAUGUAGCACUGCCAAAGCAUUUCUCGAAUUAACUAGAGGAAGAAAUAAUUUACAUAUUUUAAUACAUGCAUACGUUACUAAAGUACGUUUUAUUAUAAUGUUAAGAAGAGCACACAGUGUACACUUUGAUUGGAAUCGUAAACAUAACAUAGUAUAUGCCAAAAAGGAGAUAAUUGUUUCAGCAGGUGCCGUUAAUACUCCGCAAUUGCUCAUGCUAUCUGGUAUAGGGCCUAAAGACGAAUUGGAAGCAUUGAAAAUUCCAGUAAUAGCGAAUUUACCAGUUGGCUAUAAUUUACAAGAUCAUGUCGGUGCUGCGGGUCUUCACUUUAAAAUAAAUGCACCAAUUUCUCUUUUGGAACCACGACUUAUGUCUAUUAAAAAUAUUGUUAAAUAUUUUCUUUUUGGUUCUGGUAAGUUUAUUUAUAGACUUAAUAUUAUAGGACCGUUAACAAAUUUGGGAGGAGUUGAUGGUUUGGGAUUUAUCAAUACACGUUAUGGUAACGUUACUGACGAUUGGCCUGAUGUACAAGUCCUUUUUGUCUCUAGCAGUCCAGUUGCAGACGGAGGCGAAACAGUUCGGAAAAUUAUGGGGAUAAGCAAUAGAAUGUGGUGGCAAGUUUAUUACCCAUAUAUUUAUGACGAUACGUUUACUCUAUACCCUCUUUUACUGAGACCCAAGAGUAGAGGGAGAGUAAAAUUAAAAUCUUCAAAUCCCUACGAUCGUCCAUUGAUCGAUCCAAGAUAUUUAACUGAUAUAGAUGAUGUUCAUACUUUAGUAGAAGCUAUGAAGAUAUGUUUUUCAUUAGCUAUAUCUGCUCCAUUUAGAAAGUUUGGCGUUAAACCUUUUAAGACCAUUUUUCCAGGAUGUGAAAAAUAUGAUCAGUGGACAGAUAAAUACUUCGAAUGUGUAGCUAGAACUUUCACUAUAACUAUAUAUCAUCCAGUUGGAACGUGCAAAAUGGGUCCUUCUUGGGAUACAAGUGCAGUAGUCGAUCCAAAACUCAGGGUACGUCACGUUCGUAGUUUACGUGUUGUUGACGCUUCUGUUAUGCCAACUAUUGUUUCUGGAAACACCAAUGCUCCUACCAUUAUGAUUGCAGAAAAAGCUGCUGACUUGAUCCGAAGAAGUAUUACGUAUCACUGA